UCAUUGUCAAAUGUGAUCCAUGGAAGAACUUUCGCUGCAUCUUCAUCUGUUUCAAGUAAACGAGCUGAGUCGUACCUCCAGCCUCUUUCUAGACUUCUAGUUAUGAUGGAAGAAAUCGGACACUCUUCAUUCAUCAUCUUCUUCGUUACCCUCUCUCUCUAUCUCUACACAUAGAUUUUCAAGUCUGGUUUUAGAGAGAGAAGAAUAUGGCAUCCGGUGACGAUGAAGAUUGCUCUCAGUUGAAAGGAGUUGUUUUCAUCACUCUCCCUCCGCCAGACAACCCUUCUCUAGGAAAAACCAUCACAGCUUUCACCCUCUCCAACCAACCACAUCAAUCACCACCACUACCACCGUCAGCACCACAGUCAGCACCACCAUCGCACCUUCCGAUCACAUUACCUCAUGCGAGGAGAAGCCUUUUCGGACACCCUAGAAGAAGAAUCUCUUUGACUCUUAUGGGUAUCGCUCUUUUUGCCAUACUAACCUUUUGUUCCUUACAAUCCCCUCAAAGUCUUUUGAAAUUAACCAGUCCCGGAUCCUUGAAUGAGCUUGAUCAAGAUGAUAAAGAUGAUGAUAAAAAACCUAAUUCCUUCAUUUUUCCAUUGUAUCCUAAAAUGGGGUCUGGAGAAAUGUCGAAAUCGAGAGAUAGGGAGGUUAAGUUGGGGAAGUUUACGAUGAUUGGUUCUAAAAGUGCGGUUUUGCCUGUCGAUGAUGGAGGGUUGCCCAUCAAGGUUGUAACUAGCUCUAGUGCAGUUUUACCUAUCAAUGGGGGUACUUUUCUAGAUGGGCUAUAUUACACACAGAUUCAUGUUGGAAGCCCUCCUAAACCCUACUUUCUUGACAUAGACACUGGUAGUGACUUGACAUGGAUUCAAUGUGAUGCCCCUUGCAUAAGUUGUUCCAAGGGAGCACACCCUUAUUACAAGCCGACAAGAGGAAAUCUGUUAUCUUCAAAGGACUCUUUCUGUUUUGAUUUCAAACAUACAAGCAAAUCUGGAUCUUGUGAGUCUUGCACUCAAUGUGAUUAUGAAAUUGAGUAUGCUGAUCAUAGCUCCUCUUUAGGGGUACUUUCAAGGGAUGAAAUUCGUCUAGUAAAUAUAAACAACACAUCAAUUGAUUCCAAAAUUAUCAUCGGGUGUGCAUAUGAUCAACAAGGCAUGCUUUUAAACUCAUUAACAAAAACGGAUGGGAUUCUUGGACUUAGUAGGGCUAAAGUGAGUUUGCCUUCUCAAUUAGCAAAACAAGGUGUUAUUGACAAUGUGAUUGGUCAUUGUCUCACAUCCGAGUCCAUUGGUGGUGGAUACAUGUUCUUAGGAGUUGACUUUGUGCCACAAGUCAAAAUGUCUUGGGUUCCCAUGCUCAAUGAUGCUUCCAUGAAUUAUCUUGCAGAAGUUUCUAGAGUGACAUAUGGAUCAAAACAACUUGGUUUACAUCAUCAAAAAAAGGGAAAUGGACAAAUAAUCUUUGAUAGUGGAAGUUCAUAUACAUACUUUACAAAACAAGCUUAUUAUGAUUUAACUACUAUGCUUAAAGAUAUCUCACUUGAUGGCUUCAUUGAGGAUGAUUCAGAUACAACACUUCCCAUUUGUUGGAGAUUCAAGACUCCAUUAAGAUCUAUCAAAGAUGUUAGCAAAUUCUUCAAACCGUUGAAUCUUGAGUUUGGGAGAAAAUGGUGGAGUAUUUCGACAAAUCUAAGGAUACCUCCGGAGGGCUAUUUGGUCAUAAGUAACAAGGGGAAUGUGUGCUUAGGCAUUCUUGAUGGUAGUGAUUUGCUUGAUGGAUCACAUAUAGUUCUUGGAGACAUCUCAAUGCGUGGAAACUUGGUUGUUUAUGACAAUGUGAAGCAUAAAAUUGGUUGGAUGAGAUCCGAAUGUGUGAAUCCAAAGCAAUCUAACAUGUAUCUACCAUCUUUAUGAGGCAUAAUUCUCACUUUCUUCUUAUAGUAUAUAUGUAUAUGUAUAUCAGUAUUGUAAAUAUCUAACCCGUAUAAUUUUCCACCCCCUCUUGUGCACUUUCUUGUAAUAGUCAACUUUAUAACAAUAUGCUCGUAUCAUAAAUAUACCAUCUUUUUGGUUGGGGCAUAACAUAA